CCCAGUUCCUCCCAGUUCCUCCAGUUCCUCCCAGUCCGCGAUGCUGCCGCUGCUGCUGGCGGCGCUCGGAGCCCCCGGGGCGGCCCCGUUCGUGCUGCAGGUGGCCUCGUUCUGCUCGCUGGCCACUGACGGCUCCUUGGUGGCCACCAACGGCUCUCAGGAGGUGGAGGGUGGCGCUGUCGCGGUUCCCGCUGGUGUGCGGCGACCUGCGGGGACCCCGCGCCGGCCCCUGCCAGCAGGGGGGGCCCUUGGGGACACUUGGGGACAUCCUGGCGCGGGCGCUGGCCCAGGACAGCAGGUGGGGACAGCGCUGCGCCAGCGGCAGCGGCUCUGCCAGGAGCUGCCCAAGAGGGACAUUGGGGACUUUGAGGACAUUGGGGACGUUGGGGACAUUGGGGACACUGAGGACACAGGGGCGGUACUGGGACCCUUGGGGACACUUGGGGACAUCCUGGCGCGGGCGCUGGCCCAGGACAGCAGGUGGGGACAGCGGCUGCGCCAGCGGCAGCGGCUCUGCCAGGAGCUGCCCAAGAGGGUGUGGCCACCACUGAGAGCGCCGCCGCGGCUGCGCAUCGUCCCCGAGCGCUCAGGCCCGGCGCUGGCCCUGACGUGUUACGCCUGGGGCUUCUCCCCCGCCGACAUCACCAUGAGGUGGCUCCACAACGGUGACAUCAUUGGGGACAUCGCCGAGGACAGCGUUGGCGACACCGUUGGUGGCAUCGUCGGCGACACCGUCGGCGACACUUCGAGACAAUCGCGGGUGCUGCCGGUGGGGGACGGAACGUUCCGGGCGCAGGCGACGAUCCAGGUGCCACCGGGGACAUCUGGGGACACUUUCGAUUGCGUGGCGCUGCACCCCAGCCUGGAGGAGCCCCUCAGAGUCACGUGGGCCCCGGGUCUGUCGCCGCGGCUGUCGCUGCUGGUGGCCCUGGCGGUUCUGGCGCUGCUCCUGGGGCUCCUCAUCCUCACCUUCGGCCUCCGCCGCUUCCUGCGCGCAGGUUACACCCCGCUCCCCGGUGCCACCCACGCAGGUUACACCCCCCUCCCCGGUGACACCUACGCAGGCAGCAUCUGAGGACCCUCCCAGGACGGUGACGACGACGGGGCCCGAAAACCCUGAAAAUCACCCCAAAAUUCUGCCCCAAAAUCCCCAAAUCUCCCUCAAAAAUCCCCCCUAAAAAAACCCCAAAAUCCCCUAAACCCCACCCAAAAAUCCACCCCAAAAUCCCAUUUAAAAAAAAAAACAAAAAAAUCCCCAAAAAUUCCCCCCAGCCCCUCCCAAAAAUAUCAAUUUCCCCCCCAAGAAAUCCUCCCCAAAAUCCUCAAAAAUCCCCCUAAAAACACCCAAAAAUUAAAAAAAAAACCAACAAAAUAAUUCCCUCAAAUACCCCCAAAAAUCCACCCAAAAAUCCGCCUCAAAUCCCAUUAAAAAUCCUCAAAAAAUCCCCCAAAAUCCUCCUCAAGUCCCAUUAAAAAUCCCCUAAAAACUCCCAAAUAUCCCUCUCAAAUCCCAUUAAAAAUCCCAAAAAAAUUCCCCAAAAUCCCCCUCAAAUCCCAUUAAAAAUCCUCAAAAAAUUCCCCCAACAUCCCCCUCAAAUCCCAUUAAAAUCUCCUAAAAAAUCCCAAAAAUCCCCCUCAAAUCCCAUUAAAAAUCCCGUAAAAACUCCCAAAUAUCCCCCUCAAAUCCCAUUAAAAAUCCUCAAAAAAUUCCCCCAUAAUCUCCCUCAAAUCCCAUUAAAAAUCCUCUAAAAAUUCCCUAAAAAUCCCACUCAAUCCCAUUAAAAAUCCCCUAAAAAAUCCCUCUCAAAUCCCAUUAAAAAUCCUCAAAAAUUCCCCUAAAAUCCCCCUCAAAUCCCAUUAAAAAUCCUCAAAAAUUCCCCUAAAAUCCCUCUCAAAUCCCAUUAAAAAUCCCCUAAAAAACCCCAAAAAUCCCCCUCAAAUCCCAUUAAAAAUCCCGUAAAAACUCCCAAAUAUCCCCCUCAAAUCCCAUUAAAAAUCCUCAAAAAAAUCCCCCUCAAAUCCCAUUAAAAUCCCCUAAAAAAUCCCCAAAAUCCCCCUCAAAUCCCAUUAAAAAUCCUCCAAAAUUCCCCCAAAAUCCCCCUCAAAUCCCAUUAAAAAUCCCCUAAAAAAUCCC